AACAUGCAUACAAAGUCCUACAAUCACUGCUUAUUGGAUAAUGCUUAGUUUCUGUUCACCUUUGUGAUAUUCAAAACCACCCUCACCAACCUUUCACUAACAACCUUGCUGAGGACCCUGGUGUGCAGACCCCCUUUCUGCAGAAAGUGGAUACAAUGGAUUCCGUAGAUACUGCCAGCACCAGCCUUGACUCAACCCCGUACACCUAUGAUUAUGACUACGAUGAACUCUGCAACAAAACAGGUGUCAUCCAAUUUGGAGCGAUCUUCACUCCAGUGUUUUUCUCGAUUGUGGUGAUCCUCAGCAUCUUUGGCAACAUCCUGGUCCUCGUGGUGUUGGUCAAGUUUGAGAAUUUGAAAUCCCUCACCAACACCUUCAUCCUGAAUCUGGCUGUAUCAGAUCUCUUCUUCACAGCUUCUCUGCCCUUCUGGGCUUACUACAACAUGCACGGAUGGACCUUAGGGGAGCAUGCAUGCAAAAUAGUGAACUUUAUCUUCUGCCUUGGAUUCUACAGCAGCGGUAUCCUCCUCAUCCUGAUGACUGCUCACCGCUAUAUAGCUGUUAUAAAUCCUCUGUCUGACAUUGUUUCCACCACAGGCUAUUACAGUAUUGUAGCAUCUGCGGUCAUUUGGGUCGUUAGCAUCCUGGUUUCCAGUCUAGCUUUCGCUGCCAGCAAAGUUGCAGAGUCAAAGUACUGUGUAUAUGCAGAUUCUUUUUGGAGCUUGUGGGGAAUCUACCAGCAAAACAUUCUCUUUAUAAUUACCUCAGUGGUAUUCAUGUUUUGCUACACUCAUAUCAUGUGCAGGUUGCUUCAUCCUGUGCAAAGAAGACGAAACAAAACUUUGAAACUAAUUUUUAUUCUCAUGGUUGUUUUCCUUAUUGGAUGGGUACCUUACAAUUUAGUGAUAUUUCUGCAGUCAUUUUCCUACUGGCCAAGAGAAAGUGACUCAUUAGCGGAAGAUUGUCAAUAUAGCAAAAACCUGGAUUAUGCGCUUGAGAUUACUCGACUUUUUGCCUUUUCACAAUGCUGCCUUAACCCUGUGUUUUAUGUGUUUGUGGGGGUUAAAUUCAAAACCCAUUUGAAGAAAAUGCUAAAGAGCUUGGGCCGCAAAAAAAACAACAACAGUUUUCGCAAGAGACAAAGCCGGCCCACAAUAACAUCGGUAACAAGUGGUGAAGAGUUUUCAGAGGCACCUUGAUAUUGUAAAAACCAGAACUAAUACAUCUUAUUCAUUAACAGAGUUGAUUCUCAAAGUGUCUCAAAAGGAUUUCAUUGUUCUUUGAAUCUGGGAUCACCUGGGAAUUAACUGCCAACAUGUUUUUCCAAAAUGAUUUUCCACAAUGUUGGUGCUUUUUACAUCCAUUUUCUGACUCUUCUUGAAAAUUACUGAUCAGUAACAUAUAUCAAUGCAACACGACUACUGAUGUUCAUCAGGUUAUUGCUUGCCAUUUAUUAUUCAGCUGAAUAUGUAUAUAUUAUGUAUAUAUUAACAUUUGCUAAAUAACAUUAAAUAAAAAAUAAAAUGCCAAAAAUGGGCUGAGCAACAUAACCUGUUACUUACAAUGCUGCAUCUUUGUGAAACUGCAGUUGGUUUCCUAAUGUCUUUAGCCAUCAGUGGUCAAAGCAUGCACACAUAUUCAAGAGGUUUAUUGUCAUCAUAAACAUCAUAAUGAAGUGCAGUCUAUAUGAUUUUAAACCAGAAGAGCUGGUUUGAUGGUCUCAGAAACUUUUUGAGAUAUCUGGGAUUAAGAUAUAUUUUUUGGAGUUUACAGAUAAUGGUAUAAAAAAAAAAAAAAAAGCACAAAUUGAAAUGAAUGGCAGUUA